AUGGCAUCCGUCGCUUCGCAAAACACCUCCCCGCACCCCUCCCCCUACGACGUCGACUCUUCCGGGGACACCGACGAAUCAUGGCAGUACAUCGACUAUUCGAGCGGCGCGUCCGCUCCCGGGUCCGUGGGAUUCCUGCCCAGCCCUGCCAGCGGAAGCCUGAGCGGCUUCGCCAUCGUCGGUCACACUCACAUGUCCACAUCGCCGCCGCAGGUGUCCGUCUCGCCCAUGUCCAUGGUCGACCUAGACCAGACCGUCUUUCUCCCCGCUGCCUCGUCUUCGCUCCCGCAGCAGACAGAGCAUCUGGACUCGAGCACAUUUGCGACGACGACCGGGGUAGACUUUGCCCAGAGCGAUGCCUUCAUGACUCCGCAGCAGUAUCUGUUUCCGCAGACGGACGCGGCCGAGUUUACACAACAAGAGCUGAAUGAUAUGGCACCGUACAUGGCAAACCUCGCAGCCGAAUUCUUUCCCGGGCUGGACCAGGCCAAUGCGGGACCUAGCUCCGCGUUGAACCCGUCGCAGACCUUCAGGCCCAAUCCCAUUCAGGAGUGGGAGCCUUCGAAUCAGCAGGUGGGAGAGGGUCAAGUUAUUUCGUUCGAAGAGUUCAUACCAUCGCCGCAGGAUUUUAGUAUUGGCUCAGCCAGUCCCGGUUCGUCAAGCUCCAAGUCGCCCGCCAUCAAGGCCGAGUCGCCUUCAGGCAAGCUUCCCGCCAGCACCCGCAAAGUGAAAGCUGGCAAGGUCGAGAAGAAUAAGAAACCAGAGCAAUCGGGAAAGUUUGUUAUCAUGACGCCUACGUCGAUAAAUGCUCACGCUGGCAAACCCAACCCUUUCGAAUGCUUCGAGGCCAUGCGAGCAACGCAGCGAGGCCGAAAAGGCCCCCUGGCCAACGACACCAAGGAAAGCGCGUUGCAAGUGCGGCGCCUCGGCGCAUGCUUUUGCUGCCACAGCCGCAAGGUCAAGUGCGAUAAGGAGCGGCCGUGCAAGCACUGCAAAAGACUUAUGCUUCACGUGCCUCAGCUGGUAUGCUGGCAGUUUCAGGACUUUCUGACGACGCUGUUCCCGGAUUUCAUUCGCGGCCACUUCAGGAAAGACGAAAUGAGCAAGUUUCUGAGAGACAACGUGGAAGGAUUUCACGUUGGUGGCGUCGAACAGCCGUGCGAUAUCGAGCUCUUCUCAGGACAUCGCUUCUCUGCGACGAUGCCUAUCCGGGCCAAGUUCUUUACAGCCAAGACCUGCGAUGUCCUGCAACACUGGCAUCUGAAUCUUGACAAGGCCCGGCUAGACAUCCAAGCGAAUGACUCGGCCCCUAUAGGCAUCGAAUUCGGCACCGGGACGCAACGUGAGGAACUCCGAAAGCGAGCAAAAUCCUACAUCCAGGAAAUUGUCAACGAGCCGCAAUAUGCGGAACAGGUCACCGACUCUUUCCGUUCGACAAGACUGCCGACCAAGGUUCUUCGUAUUGUACAGCAGUAUGCGCAACAGUCAGACUCUACCAUGGUCAAACGUGCCCUUUCCAUAUAUGCCAUGCAAUAUGUCAUGACUCGGCAUCUCUGCAUUACACGCCAAUCCAUUGUAUCUCUGCACGGAUCCGGCCUCGUCCCGCAGAACACGCCCUGGGUAACGCCUCGAGUUCUCGCACGGCAAGUCAAGUCGCUCAUCGACGAGCUCAUUAUGCGUGAGAUGCAGCUACUAUUCGAGUGCUUCUCCAAAUCCCUCAAACCCAAGCACAAGCGGGAAUGGGCGCCUUGCAUGGCGUCGUUUCUCGUGCUGUGCCUUUUCAUGGAGGCGGUAGAGACGACCACGGAGAACUUUGCCAUGUCGCAGAACGAGAUCAAUCUACGCAACAGCACACCACCAGAGUAUAAGCCAGAGUUUGCACUCAACAUGUGCAAGGAGUUGGAGAAUAUGCCGUUUAAACAAUUCGCGUACCAGUUCCACAACAUCUAUCAGACUCACACCAAGGACGCCAACACGAAGAGCUUCAACCCGCUGUUUGAUGACGAGUGUAUGGAGCAGGAAGAGGUUGACGGGCCGGCGGUGGAGAUGUUGGGGGCUUUGAGGGGCCUCUUGCAUGGAGAAGACUGGCAAGAGAUUCAGUUUCUGGCCGACGACGAUAUUCUCCUAAGUCGAGAUGUGCACACCGCACCCAUUGACGCGUCGUUUUUGUACACUGGCCGGUUGGUGGCCAAGUUCCUGCUAUCGUUCACGAAUGAGCAGGUCAUCUUCGGAAGCAGCAUCUAG